UAGGAGGCGUGAGAGGUGUUGCACACUUUAUUACCUCUAAUGAACAGACUCAGUCAAACCGAGUGUGCUAUUGUUCUGCUUGAUUACAUUCUAUGCUUCCAAACGAUCUUUUUUACAGAUUUUAUUAACUACCACAACAGCAAUCUUGAAGUGCCGUGAGGCGGUUGUAAAACGUCUCUCCGUACUUGGAUUAAGUGUUGUUAUAUUGUCUGGUCCUUUUGGGAUCAUGGAAUCUAUUUAAAAGAUGUAUCAUAUAGUUCUGCUUAAGCCGGUGCUAGGGGGCGUGAGAUGUGUUGCACAUUUCAUUACCUCUCAUGAACAGACUCAAUCUGCUAUUAUUUUGCUUGGUUCCAUACUAUGCUUCCAAAUGAUCUUUUUACAGAUUUUCUUUCCAAUUUUUGGUCCUUGUAUGACUCAGAAAUUGUCGAAUAGUUUAAUGCGCAGCUUGUUAAAUAAACUUAGGAGACCAACGCUUCUUUGGGAGACAAGCACAAUUGAAAGAUUUCACACAACGCAAGAGCAUUAUUUUAUCUUUAUCGGCAAAGUAAUAUAUCAUGAAACUAACGGACAUUCUUCAGCUUUAGAUAAAUGUACGCAAAUGCCCUUAAAAAUUAAAGUCAUACCGUGUAUUAUUGUACGUAAUUUAGUUGAUCAGAUAAAUGUUUUUAUUUCAAUUGCUGGAGUAAGCUAAUAACUUAUAGCCAUUAAGUAGUUCUGUCUAGAUUAAACUGUAUUUGCUGAAGAGAAGCGCUAAUGCAGUCGUACGAUAAAAGCUGAUUAUAUACUGGUAAAUCAUGAUGAAUUUGAACUUUGAAUUUUUUAUUAACAAUAAAGUUUCCCUUAGAUUUCUAUCUGGAAUCUACCUGCACGUCUUUCUGACUGUAUGUCUAUAUUGUGGAUUAUGCUAAAGCAUAUACCGUUUUAGAUGGAUUUAUCUGUUAAAAUUCAGCUGAAAUCUACACGUGAAACAAGCAUAACUUAACAGUUUUGGCGUUUAAAUUACUAGUUUUCGAAACAACUACUGGUAAGUAAGAUUGAAAUUCGGCACGAGAUUGCCAUUAAAUUCCAUCUUAGCAGGCGACCAAAAACACCGCACGGUGGUUUUAAUAAAUAAAUAUUAAAGGAAAGUAGUACAUAUUACCUGAAAAUGUAUCCUUUUCUAAUUUAUUCUUCGAAACAUAACAAUUCUUUCCGUUUAUCUUUCUACAAAAGAAAUAAAAACUCACAUAAACAUCGACCAUCGCGUUAAAACGGUAGAGAUAAUUAAAGUUAUAGUGCGGUUUCACAUAAACUUUGAAGAAAAAGACAGUUUUAGGGUGUCUUUUCUCUCUCUGAAUGAAAAGAUAGAGCUUCAAAACUUAUUACCUUCAUUCUUGGAUAGCUUAAAAAACGUGAAUAGUCAGUCCUUCGGAGGGAUCUUUUUUGUCACACCUCACUAGCACUUUUGUGUAGGGACUUUCUUACGAUAAUACUAUAUAUAAUAUACGGAAUAAUACAUAAACAUAGAUAAAUCUUUCAAUCUCAUUUUGAAUUGUUCCUUGUCAUUCUUGAGAAGUACAUCUCAGUUGACAUUCACUUGAUAUUUACAGUACGAGCCAAUAUACACAAGAUAUAUAUGUAUAACUUUUGGAAUAUAACAACUUUGUGUUUAGUCCACUAACUCAACCAAAUGCUGGGAAACAUCGAUACUUCCCGUUUUUCAGUGGCAUUGGCUCCCAGUUACCCCAACAUGGCUUUGGUGGAACGCAUGUAGUUGGUCUAAAAAAAAUCAACGUUUAGACAUAAAAUUUCAAUUUCAGUCCAAAUGUUGUUUAUUUUAAAGUACACACAUACCCACCUACCCUUUCAGACAUCAAAAGGUCACUUGGUUAAGGAGUUUGCAUUUUGCGAUUCGAAUGUGAUUAAUUGGUUCAGUAUUAAAGCCUGGAAAGAUCAUAACAAUUUUAAACCAACUUUUGAGAAACUGCAUCUCGGUUCAAUAUAUAUCUCGAUCAUUUUAGUAAAAUUCAAUUUGCAAUUUGAACUUUGAAAAUGCAAAAUAGUUUACAGUUUGUAAUUCGAAUGGCAAACUGCAAACUGCAGACUAACUUGGCUCCUAUACAGCAGCAGCCGGAAGUAUGCACUUGCAACAUGUUUAUUGUUUGAGAAAUAAACCGACAGAUAAAUAAAUACGUUUAAAUGGAACUGGUUUUUACGUGCUGUUUGGAGGCAAUUUCCUUAAGCAAUAAAAUAUCUCAAACAGUGACUUUGUCGUUGAAUAUUUCAAUAAUUGUGUGCGCUUCAGAUGGAAUUAUAUAAUUUUUAUCUGAACCACAAACUAUGAGUUUAUUCAACGACCAAAAUAUUGUUAGAGAUAUAUUAAUUCGGUUCUAAUGCAAUAUCAAGAAAUCUAUCUAUAUCUUUGACCAUAUCCACCAAAUUCAACAUGCGAACGACGAAAAUAUUUGUUGUACUGAUUAAAUUGUUGUUUCAUCCAACUAGUUAUGCAACUGUCAUAUCGAGAUUGUUGUCGUUGCGAGAUUGUAACAUUAGGUAGCUCCUGAUGAUCUGAGUGAAAUAAAGAAAUUGAAGUUUAUAAUUCGUGUUCAAUUUCUUAUUUGCUAAUAACAGGUUAUAUAUAUAUAGCUACAUCAAUUCAAAAUAACCUGUUUUCACACAUGAAACCAGAAUCAAUAUCUUAUUACACAUAAUUAGCGUUGAGAUGAUGUCACGUGUUAUCGUAGAGGCGUCACUUACGUUGUAACGUACCCUGCCCGAAAUGGACACGACCACGUGAUAGAUAAAGGGUGUCAGAAUGGCAUUUUCUUACCCGCCGGAAAAAGCGCUUUUUAAUUAAAUAUUUUAUUACUUAUAUUUAUUUGCCGUAAUUUCGCAUUUUAAAAGUAAAUCGAUUUCUCGGUAAUGCAAACUAAUUACCUCAUCUCGUCAACUCGGCAUGACAGAAAUCCUCAAAGAAAGAGUUACUUUGACAACUAUUCGCUCUGAAAACUAAUUUUGAACAUAUUAGCUUUCUGCUUGACAGUACUUCAACAUCAGUGGUCUACUAAACAUAGGUUUUAAAACUUAACCUUUUUUACCUUGUUUUUUGAACCGAGGUAAACUACCACUGUUUAAGAUUAUAUCAAAUUACCAUAAUGCUAACCAGAAUUUGUAUUUUUUAAGGUCAUAAGUCGUAUUUAAAGUAAAAACUGCAAAACUAAAUAAAAUACGUGGGGUUUUUUUUUGUGUCUUUUUUUUUAUAAAACAACAAUAAGAAUGCUGGUGUACAGUUUUUAUACAGCCUGUUUAUUGAUUCGAAAGAUGACGUUAAUGCUUGCAUGCUUUGUUAAUUCACGCAAGUCGGACAAAAUCGUGAAUAAAAUACAUUUAUGAAGUUUUGCGGUUGUAAACGUUUUACAGCAAUUUUGUAACGAGGACUUAUGCAAGAAAAAUGAACAAAUUUAUAACAGUAAUUGUUAUAGGAUUGAAUCUUGUUUUUCAUAGUCAGUUUGCAACAGCUGGGUUUACAAGUUUUCAAGAACUGGAAACAACUUUGUUACAGGCUACAUUGAAUGAAUAUGCCAGCAGACCUCAAUCUUCCGACCCCGACGGUGCUGUGAAUGUAGGUGUUCGGGUGGUAUUUACCGACGUACAGCCAAUACAACGAGAGAGUAUCGACGUCAUUGUUCAUAUUCAAUCAGAAUGGGAUGACGUACGUCUGCAAUACAACGUUACGUCGGGAACACCGGCAAGAAUAAACGAAACGUUGAUAUACGCUCUUCAUGAGAAAAUCUGGAAGCCAGACUUUUAUCUUGAACCCGAAUGGACAUUAAAUAACGAUGUUGGGAAAAUGAAUAUAAGAAUUAUAGCUAAUGGACAAGUCGGCAAGAAUAAAAGGUUCAGAGCCACGAUUCCUUGCACGACCAGCUUUGUUGGUAUUGAACAUACAGAUUUCAUCUGCACAACAAGAGUUAUGUCCUAUUCCUACUUUGAUAAUGAGGUGAAGUUGUACUGGGUUGCUGAUGAGCCACUGCGAUUGAAGUAUGGAGCAAUAGACGCGGCAUCAGAAAUAACUAGAGGAGAAAAUGAUACUUGUCACUGGGAUACAUUUGAUGGAAUGAGAACGUCAUGCAUUGAAGUAAAGCUGUUUAUCACCAAACGAUUUCCGUCCAUCUUCUAUCGUUUAUACUUACCAAGUUUCAUGGCAGUACUCAUGGCAUGGUCCAGCUUCUGGAUCCACCGUGAUGAAGCUUCAGCAAGAAUCAAACUUGGAACGCUUGUUGUGUGGACCGUAAUGACAGAGUACAUUUCUCUCGAAGUUGCCUUUCCGAAUUACCUGGAUAACAUUGCUGGAAAUGUAUGGAUGUUAGGAUGCAUGUUUUUCACGUGGGCUUCGUUUAUACUCUACGUCAUUAUUCACGUGGUACGGAGACGAGAAAAGGCUAAAGCGAGACACGAUGAAGAAAGGGAAAAGGAAAAAGAGAAAGAAGAAAAAAGAACAGGGGAGAGAGCUCUUUCAAUAUCCGCCCUCCAUCCGGAUGCGCGGCUUGCAAGUGGAGGGUUGAAAGGAUAUUCUGUAUGGGAUAACCGGAAUAAGUUCAAAGUAACGAAGAUAUACAUUUCUUCGUUCACAUUAGAACGCUGGUGUAGAAUCUGGUUUGGAAUUCUCUUCUUCGGAUUUACUAUUUUCUUCCUCGCAUUCUUUGGACAGGAUUUGUUUGCGUGACAACUGAAGAGAUACUUCACCUUGCGCGUACGGUCAGCUGAUGAACUGGUUAACUCGUAUUAAAGUUCAAUAUUAAAAACAUAUAAUUAUGCAGUCCAAACAAAGACUGCACACUGCUGAAUAGUUAGAAAAACGAUACAUUCAAUAUUAUACAUAAAACUAUUAUGUAAGGGUCAUAAGGUUAUGUUCUACCAAUUCAAUUCCUUAUUUAUUUCAUAUUAAUAACAAAACAUCCAGACCUCAU